AUGACGGAAAAGGAAGGAGGUAUUGUGAAGAAAGGGCAUGAAGAAGGUCUUAAAAUGGCAGUUUCUCUACUCCAAGAGUUUGAUCUUCCAGCUGGGCUUCUUCCUCUAGCUAAUGUGAUCGAAGUUGGGUUUGUGAAGGGCACAGGUUACAUGUGGAUCGUGCAGAAGAAGAAGGUGGAACAUGAGUUCAAGAUGAUCAACAAGUUGGUGAGCUAUGACACUGGCAUCACAGGCUAUAUUUCAAAGAAGAAGAUCAAAAAGUUGAAGGGGGUGAAGGCUAAAGAGCUUAUGCUAUGGCCCCCAGUGAGUGAGAUUACUGUUGAUGACUCUCCAACUGGGAAGAUUCACUUCAAGAGUCUUGCUGGUAUCACCAAGACUUUCCCAGUUGAGGCCUUCGCUGCUGGCCAGUAA